GUUCCUGUGAAGGGAGUCGACCAAUCCCCUAAAAGAGGGCGGGGCUUCGUUCGAGGAGCGCGAACGGUUAAGAGGUGGCGACGACGAGAAAAUGGCGACUGCUGAGUAAUUUGGGACAAAAUGUUGUGAUGUGCUUUGAAACGUUUUCGUGGCAGUAACUUAAACGCGGACGUGGCUCCAGUCUACGUAAUUAGCUGUGUGUCAAACGUUUGAACCAAUAAUGGAAGAAAAUGUAUCGCUACAUGAGUCGCAGUAGCUACUUGGAGCUAGCCGCAGUUUGUGUUAUUUGUUGUCAAUGGCGCACAUGUUUGAGUUGACAUUUGGUUGAAGCCGAUUGCCACCAUGGCUUCACACAACCUGGUGUUUGUCGUCGAUGUGGAUGAUCGAGAUCGCCUGGACGUCCUGAAACGUGGGAUUCUACAGAUAUUGCUGCACUACGGAUACAAGCACGGCUUCGACCAAGUGCGCUGGGGCUAUAAGUUCUUCCAAAGCAAGACGGGGCGACAUGCCAGCCUCAAAGCCAGAGGCUCGGACUUUAAGGAGCUUUGCCACAAAACAUUCCAGGACUUCGAGGUAGAAUUCGACGGCAGGUUCGACGAGAAAGAAAAGUCCCCCACCCCGCAGAGGAAGCAGCCUUGCAGCCAGUCCGCUUCGGUGCAAACUGCACUGAAAGAAAUCUUGCUGGACUUCCAGUGGGACCGACCGGACAUCACCUCUCCCACCAAGCUGUCCCUCAGGCCCAGGAAGGCGAGCCGAGCUUCUGGCAAGCCCGCACAUUCCCAGGAGGACGACCUUUCGAGCCACGGGAGGAAUGAAGUGUUUAUUGUGUCCGAGUGCCCGCGGAGCUGGACACAACUGGCGGACUUUCUCUGUGCGGAACACCUUGACAUACAUUCGGACUUGUCCGAGAACAUUCUGUCCAAAGCCGUCCAGGACAUGCUGGCUCAAAGGCACGUCGUUCUGCACUGGCUUGACAGCUCCUCUCGUGUCCAGAACAUGCAAUGUGAGGACCAGCUUGGCUGUGACAAGCUCUCUCAGGUCCUGGCAAAGGUUGGUGGCAAAGUCAUCCCGAUGGUGGCACUGUUGAACCUUUACACCGCUCAGAAGACACCCCUCGGGAUCGAGAGCUUGCCGUUCCGGUCCACUCUUGAAUACCUGCUGUCGUCUGAAAACCAACACAGCCUUGCUUUUCCUGUCACACAGGGCAUACUGCGGCUCGACCAAGGUGGUGUUGCACAGAGCUGUGCUAUCACUUUAGAGCCAAUGUCCUGGAGACAAGGCGGCAAACCUGAGGGUGUGGAAGUGAGUGUAAAGGGUGUUCUGCAUGGCUGGGAUGCCUCUUCACUGUCGGGCACCUCCACAGAGUCGUGGCUGCUUCAGUGCUCCCUCGCGAGCAAACCAGAAGCUCCUUCCUUCCUUCACAUCCUAAUGGAGCUGUUUGCUCAUUCACUGCCCAUGUAUGCGGAGGUGAGCAUCAGCGGCCUGUCGUCGUCAGCUGUCCUCUCGCCGUUGUCCCAUGUUUCAGCUCUGCUCACCGUCAUCCAUCCCGCGAUAGCUCAGCACCUUCAGCCUCGCACCAUUGAGCGCAUAUCUGCCUCCACCACAGCGGGAACCUCUGCUGACCUGCCAGGAGUAGUGAGCAGUGUCUUAGGCGUCGUAUACGACAUGAUGGAGCAGAGUGGUGACAACGCUGAUGAGCCGCCAAAUGAUCAUACUGUUCCAGAGUGGGCCCAGCAGGAGCUCAGUCAUCGCCCGAUGACAGUCGGAUUGUUGGAGACAUGGUUUCCUCAUUCAGAUCAGUCGGGAGUCACUUCCAAUUUAAUGGAAUCAUUGAGGUCAUUCCACGCAGUACAUGACCAAAGAGAAGAAGAGGACUUUCUCUGCCAAACAGAGCUGACCAAUGACCUAGCAGAACUGUACCAGACAUCAGAGGGAGCAGAUAAGAAAAGGGGCAAAAAACGAGGCACCCAGCGCACACCUGUGAAGCAGAAGAUGAAAACCAUGAGUCGCUCCUUGCAGAUGCUGAAUGUGGCGCGGCUCAACGUAAAGGCCCAGAAGAGCCAGACUGAUGCAGAGCCGAUGGGGCCGGAGGACAAAGGGGCUGAGCGACUGUCAAAGAGGCGCUCAAACGACAAAACAAGAGCUGGAGCAGCCAACGUCUUAACCUUCAGCAGUGAAGCUGAGUUGCUGUCUCAUCUGAAAACCACCUAUGAGAAGACCAUAGCGGAGCAAGACUUCUCUCUUCCAGCUGUUGUUCAGCAGCUUCUGACUGCUGUGAAAAUGUUCCUCAUGGAAGGGUCCGAGUUGCAGGUCAAGACCCUGCAGUUCUUCCAGCAGCACCUUCUGAAGACUGGCAGAUCCAUCAGGCAGUCGCAUAGCUCCACCUCUAAUGUUGAGAGCAAAGUCAGAGAGUGCCAGCUCCAGGCAUGGCUGAGGUUGGAGUUAUGCAGACUUUUUUCCUCAGAACAGGCUGAUGACCUGGAUUCUGAACAGAUUGCCGAAGAGGUGGCGGAAAUGCUGAGAAUUAUAUCCCUAUCAAAGGACCCUGUGAGCCUCGCAAGGUUUCUUCAAGAUGAAGUCCUUCCAGUGUUCCUGACCGCCAUCCCAAGGGUCCUGGCAGACAUUUACCACAGUUUGGGCACGCAGCUCCCUGAGGCUUUAGUGGCCAUUCUUCCGACAGACUUCUUCAGUGACGAGUCAGUGGCGAAGGACAGUGUUUCUCCUUCAGUAUCCUCGUCCUCGCUUGCCGCACACAGUUUGCUAUCAAACGAUAGCGAUCGCCUGCAUGAUCUGCGAGAUCGCUCAGCUAAAAAAUGGAGGAGUGGGAUGCUGACCCGUCAUCGCAGUAUGACGGAAUCUUCACAGAGUCUCCGCCAAAUAGAGAUGCCCAAAAAGACUACACGAACUUCCAAGUCGAAAGUCUGUGUUGCUUCGGAGAAAGCAGUUGCGGUACCUCAACCUCAGAAACGGGAAACACAUGAAGUCACGAAGGUGAGAAGAAACCUCUUCAACCAAGAGAUGGUGUCUCCAUCCAAGAAGGCUAAACUCCCAAGGAGCCGGUCUGUGUCGUCUGUGGAAGGACUGAAACGCAAACGAUCAGCUGAGUCUGAAGAGAGGCACAGACUCAUAACAAACAAAGUAAGUGACACACCCCUCCACAAGCAAGUGUCCAACAGGCUGCUUUAUCGACAAAAAGUUGGACGAAGCUCUGUGCCAAGUGAGGAGUACAUUGUGGAAGAGUCACCAGUAAAACCAGCAGAAGAACUCAGAAGGAGCCCGAGGAUACAGAAGUUUGCUAGGAGACACUCCUUUUAUUCAAGCUCCCACCCUCGUUCCCGAAACCUGGAGAGGGCACUCUCUGCCUCCCAUCUUCCGCUCAGUGAAGACAUUAACGUGAAAAAAGUACGGUCUCCUAUGAGACUUCUUUUUGGAGAAGCUGAAUCUCCCUGUCGUCCUUCUACCUCUGCGGAAGAACCCAGGACCACCAGAUCUCGGGUGUCCAUAGACUCCAGUGUCUUUGAGAGUCCUGAUAAGACACCAGAAAAAAGCACCAGAACUCCUGGCACCCCAGGAACUUGUAGAACUCCACCUUCAUCCAGGGUGCACCUAUUUGAGAGUCCUACUGGACAACAUGGAAUGACCCUGAGAGGCAGAUCCUUCACGUCUCCUGCUAGCAGAACAUUUGUUGGAGAGACACCCCCAAAGCAAAGUCUUCUACAGAGUCCACUCAAGGGCAUUCUAAGGACUCCUGUCAAGACUUUGGAAUGUGCCUCUUCCUCUGGAUUACAUUUGGUUUCCAGGACUCCCAAAAAGACUGUCACUUGGUCUCCAUCGCCAAGAAAAUCUCUUGUAUUAGAGGAUGCUGUCACGUUCAAGGUGCCUGACUCUCCUCGCAUUGCAUCUCGUGGUUCACCCAGAUUGUUGUUCAACAGUCCAUUUAAAAGCCCUAAAGAAAAUGAGACUUUCAAGACCCCUGAGAAGACUAAGCACAAAGCACUUAAUAUGUAUUGUCAAGUAAACCUUCUCAGGGAUUCACCAAAAGCGCCAAGUAACAUUAUGCUACAGGAAAGAGACGCUAAAUCCUCUGAAAGUAUCCAAAAUCUUCAACUAGGGGUGGUGCCUUCAGAAGAUUCUCCAUGCCAAAAAGACUUGUCUACAAACGCUACCAGAAGUCAAACCAAGACACCAAGCCCCAUUCAUCAAAUGGUCACUCGCUCUGGACGAACACCAGGUAAAAAUCCAAGCAUUACGUCUCCGUGUAAGCGAGCAUUAGAAUCUACAUUGGACAGUUCAGAUGUGUCUCCAGCAAAGUCUCUGACACUUGAUAAAACCCCCAGUAAAAAAAGAUCGCAGUCAGGUGACAGCUUUACCUCAGCACAAGAUACCAACAACCCCACAUCCACCUCAAGUCUGGAAUGCAACGUGCAGUCAAAAGAGACAAAGGCUGAGUGUUUGCAAACGUCCCAAAGUGAGCAGAGUUCCCAGUCAGAUUUACAAAGCAACGCCACCACUGACGACAGCAUGGACAUAGUGGACGCGUCAGUCGUAAAGACGCAAUUUAGCGGAGGCCUCAAAAUGAAAAUAACCUUUUCCCGCAAGCCUUCAAAGUCCAGUCAAGACUAUGAGUCAGAAGUGCCAUCUCCCAAAGGACACAUUCAGACACAAAGUACGCCUGGUCGCAGCUAUGGCUUCAGGCAGACUCCCGACCGCCAGCAGCGGGAGGCGGCUGCUCGUUUGGGCUACGCUAAUGACCUCCCUAGGUUCUCAACACCUAGGGGGCCGUCCAGGCAGAGGCAUCAGAAAGGCACGGGUACACCGAAAUCUGCUUCCUAUCAAGUAGAAAUGGAAAUGCAGACAUCUGGACUUCCCAAACUCAAAUUCCGUUGCAGUGACUCUGUGAACGCAGGCGAUUUGGUGACUGAUAACUGUCCUCAACUAGGUGCUCAGAGCCCUUCAGUCAGCGUUAAACCUUCACUGCUGGAGAGCCCAUUGGCAUUGUACCCCAAACACAAAGAUACUGGUUGCGUCUCACCAUCUCUCUGUACCCACGUCACGCCUGCUAAAAGCGGCGUGGUUCAGACUUACAUCUGUCAGUCCUACACCCCAACACGCCAUUCUGCGGGGACUGCGCAACUUAUUGCGACUGCAGAUACCUUCUCCUUGUCCCCUUCCCCUCAGAGUGUCGGAAAGGUGACCCCGGAAAACCUGAACAGUUGGCCCCGGAGAAAGAAAGCCCAAGACAAAGGCGUUGGAGGCAAAGAGCGUUGCCAGAAAGGGGAGCCACUGCUGGAAGAGCUGCUGGAAGAGGCCGAGCUCGGAGUGAGCAGGCUGUCGGACAUGGAUGAAGCUGAUGAGCCCGGCCACACGGCGAGCUCAGAACAAGCAUUUCCUUGGUCUUCUGUAGAGGACAGAAUGGCAGCUUAUCCUCUAAGGGCUGAAGAAGAAAUGAUGUGGGCAGCUGCAAGUGAAGACGUCGAGUCUACAGCAACCCCUACCAGCUCAAACAUGAGGAAGCCAGUGACAGCGAGUGGGAUUUUUGCCCUCACUCAGUCGCCACUGCUCUUCAAGGGCAAACCAGGUUCUUCAAGCAACAGAUCACCACGCUGUCAAGACAAGAUAGCGGCCGAGAGGAGGAUGGAAGUCGACACAGAGCUGUCUCCCUUCAACCGGCCUAUCAGACUGUCGAGGCGGAGCUACAGCAGAAAGAGACUCAUUCACUGAGACCCCCAGCAUAGCACUAGAGGAGUUUUUUUAUUUUAAAGAAUAUUAAAAUGGCCCAGUCACCUCUGCAUUGACCGUCUACUUUUCAAAAGUGUACUUACAGAAAUUGUCUUUCUAAAGCUGAAAAUGUGGUUUUAUUUGUAAAUACUAUCAUUUAAUCUGCCAGUGCUGAGCCCUAUUUGGUGUACUAUAAGUAUUUAUUAGUUUUUUGUUUUUCAAAUCAUAAAAAACUAUUUUAAGUCAAAGGGAAUCAAGGUUUUAUUCAGUUGUAAAUAUGUUGCUGACUAUCUUGUAAAUAAAUUAGUUUUCAUAAUGAA